CAUCAAAUAUCAUCUGUUACCUAUCACCUGCUGUUAUGACACAUUACAUCCAUAAAUACAGCGUGAGAUAAAAACCCUCUGGUUAUCUAACUCACAUGCAGCUCUGAUGAGAACAAGGAAAACCAGAAAUCUCAUAUCUGCGUGAAGAUCCAGUUCAAUCAUGAUCUAAGAUGUCAUUCCUCUUAUUUAUACAGAACAGAGGAGGUUCAGAUCUCAAUACUGGGAUCUGAUGACCAAUCAUCACUCAGUGUGCUAUUGUGCUAAGACUGUAAUUACUCAUGUAAUAAAAAGAUGGAAAUGUUUAGUCAGACAUUAAACAGUGAUCAUGGGGUCUUUGGUUUUUAAUGUAAACUUUUGGAAUUUUGUGUAAAUGUGGGACAAUAUCUAAUGGCACUAUUUUUACUAUACCAGAACACUUUCAACAUUUCUUGGAUAACGUAUACACAGAGAUGUAUAUUUUUACAGAAAGGUCAUUCUAUAAAAACUAAGUAAAUGAAGGAAAGGGUUUUUCAGCAUUCAAAAAUAUUGUUAGUAUUGUUAAUAUAUAUUUUAUUUAUUUAAAAAUAGAUGUUUUUUACUCAUAAAACUAAUAAAUAAAAGAUCAGUGGGGCAUUACUGUUGUUUGUAUUUGUUUAAGGAAUUUUGUAUUAUUAAACAAUGUGAUGCUAUAGCAAAAUCACACAACUUAAUAAAGGGUGUGAAUGUGAUUGUGGUACAUCAUGAAACAAAUGCAACUCCAGUUGUUUUACAUCACUCCCAUCACUGUUUUAGGCUUAGCUAAUAGUAAAUGACAAGUCUAAAUUCAAUAAUUAACACAAACUCUCUACAAAAUGUCAAAAUUUUAGUCAUAAUCUGGGGAAAAAGGUGUAACCAUUAAAAAAAGUAAAAUGGACAUUGAAAAGUAAAGAACUUGCUUAUCAUAAUAUGACAAUAUCAUGAUUAUGAUUUAAUAAGCACAAAGGUUAAUGUCAUAGUUUCUGUAUUGAAUGAUGAUAAGAUUGAUCUAUGGUAAGGCAUCAAUUUAUGUUGCCUUAUAAUUCAAUACUUAAAUAUGUAUAUAUUUGUAAAACUUUACAAAUACCCAAAUGUCCAAUUAUAUAAUCAUCAUAUUGUUUUUGGAAUACUUGUAUGGUCCACUAGGUGGUGAUGUGGCAUAUGUGGCACUUUGGAGAUCAGCAGAUGCCUGCAGUUAUUGACCACGUACAGAGGCCAUGUGUGGGAUUAUGUGUCAAUAACGUGAAAUGCAUACUGAGGAGCUGAACACUGUCAUGGUGUGAUAGAAAGCCCGAAAGAGAACUCUGAUCUGUAAUUUAAAUGGAUAGUUUACAAAAAAAAUGACAUUUAUUUAUUUAUUUACUCACCCUUGUGUCAUCCUAACUCAAGUUUUGCUGUUCUUCUAAGCCAAAAAUGUCCUGUUUUUGUGCUAAAUAUGUCAAUGAAUUGUGGCUAUUUUUACUAAAGCUUGAUACAUGGACAUAGGGGAUGAAAACUUGAUACAAUGUGGGUGUUGCGGGACAGACAGGAAGUGGUAAAAGAAAAACUUACAGAAGGAAGUCUAUACACUCUUUACAGAAGCGAAACUUAUGUUAGUGAAAAAUUACCUCUUCAUCAGAGAAAUGGUGAUUCACCUCUCAAAAACAUGUUGGUCCUAAUGCAUUUUUGAUUUAAUGGCUUUCAAAAUGGAUUCAAAUCACUUUAGCUCACUCUCUCCACUAGAUUUGGACUAAAUAUUUAGAUCAUCAAAUAAAACCCCCACAAUGAACAGCUGUUGACAUGGGUCUCUUAUAUAUGCUUAAUUUUAGUUUCCUGUAGAAAUUCUUUAUAUGUGUUUGCUAUGGUCUCCUGGUUGAGCAAAUGACCCACACCUAGGCCUGACAGAUCAUCUCUCACUCUUGUUACAUCCCCAAUAUAGGCAAAAAAAAAAAAAGCUUAUGGUCAGGACAGUAAGAACAUGGCCUAUUGCGGCCAUCCUACAGCCGCAAAUCCCCUGCAGUGAGACCAUCCCAAUCCUGAGUGCACACAAGGUGAGACUCUAUCUGCACAACAUCACCCCCAUGAAGGCGGCAAGCUCAGUCGGAAGGCUGGCAGUGUGUCCACUGGGAUCUCAAAAAGUAUUAAGUGUUGAUGAAUAAAUUUAGAGAAAAUUAAGGCCGUAAAAACGUAUUAAAACGUCUUAAAUGCAAUUUUCCAAGGUUUAACAUUUUGUAUAAUCUUUCAUAUUUGCCCAAGGUGGUCAUAUGUUAAAGUUUGCUGGAAUUGAAUCAUUUUGUAGCUGAAUAGUGGGAGAUCAAUUUGCAUGCGGUUACCAUACAGCAUCGUUGAGUAAUGCAGAAAUGCAAGUUUGUCAUGCAAAUGGUUGGAGGAUAAAGAGCUGGAACCAUGGCCGUCUCUGGGAAUAUCCGUGAGGCGUAUUGCUCUGUGUGUCGGAGAGCGAUGAUUGUAGUCUUGCUUCUCUUUCUAAUAAACCUUGCAUUGGAUAAGUCACUCAAUUAAUUCCCUGGGACUUCGUUCCCAACCUUUUGAACUAUGUUGCAUUAAUAAGGAGUUAUCAUAAACUCAGACUGUUAAAUUGUGCUGUCUUACAAUAAGUAUGUAGUAAAUGUAAGUUCAAGUGUCGUCAAUGUACUAUACAAACUUGAAGUGGGGAUGAGCUCUUAAAAUGAUGGAAAGAGUCUUAAAAAGCAUUACAUUUAGCUCUGUGAUUUCUGUAUAUACCCUGGGCUGGCAAGGGUGCCGAGGUACUGUCCAGUACAACUAGCAGUGGUCUUCAUCACAAUCUACAUCUCACUGUCAACAACUUGGGUUCCAGCAUUUUUUCAAAAGUUCCAGCCCCAAGUAUGUCCAAGAUAACAUGGCUAAUUGAUACCAGACCUAUGGCACUUACCCCCAUACCGGCUUAAUGUCUGAAAAGAUGAGUAAUCAAGCCCAUGAAAAACGCCACACCACCCACACUGGAAAUGGUCAACAGAAGAUGUCAUUUCUAUUGAGCUCCAAACCCUGCUUCAACACUAAGAGCACAAAAGCUUCGCUAUUCAACUUGAUUUUGGACUUCUUAACCAGACACUCGCAGUGUGUGAGAGAUGGUGGGCAGAUUUCAUCCAAUUUAGUUAUCAACACUAGAGCCCCCCUAUAGGAUGUAUGCUUUACCAUUACUCUACACGCUUUACACACAAACAUCCCUCCUACUUUGCUCCAAUUCUUUAUCUGUGCACCCGAGCCUCGGGUUUGAGCCCCUUUCGAGUACAGCAGCAAAGUUUAUUUAACAUAAAUUGACUGAAUGGGCAGGCGAACUCUUGAAAUAACGGUUUUGAAGAAGAAACAUGUGUGUUUCUCUGUAUUGGUCACUUGAUAAAGAGUGAAACACACAGCUUAGUGGUUUAACCUUUAACAUAGGUGUUGUUUAUUACCGCAACAUUUUUAUUGUGUAUGACAAUUCUCACUUCUGGUAUCAACCUCAGAGAGCCGUGAAACAUCCUGGCUACUGUGAAUUGUUUUGUGCUCAAAAAGAGUUUCCAUAAAGUUUCCAUUAAGGUUGCUAAGUACAGUAUGUAUGUUGGCCUACCCAGAAGAUGAGAAUUAUUUUAAUGACUGUCGAUUUAGCUUAAUGGGUUUAAAGUGUUAACUUUGUUCAUUUUGUAUUAAUUUGUAUUUAAGCAAGAGUUUAAUACAACAUGUGCUGCACUAUUCACCAAGUUAACCUUGGUUUAAGAAAAACAGCGAGAUUUUUCAUUUACUACAAAUAGUGAGUGUCAGUCUAAAGUAAUGGUUUUUAUUUAGUUAGGUCAGUGCAUUCGAAACCUGCACAAGGAAAUGUGGUUUCUGCUGGUGCACGAGAAAGCUAUAUAUAGUGGUGUAUGUGUGAAAAGCUUUUCAGACAGACACACACAUAAUGUUAGAACAUCCCUUACCUAACUGUGCCAGAGAAAAUGUUUACUUCAGUUUUUCUUAUUCUGUGUGGCAAGUCAUUCUACUGGUUUUCUGAUGUAAAUUGUUUGUGCUUUGAUGUGUCUGGUAAGAAAUGGUCUCAUGUUUUUCAGGUGUGUUUGGUGUGAAGACAGAUGUAAUGAAGACAGUCGUGGUGACAGAAGGAGAUGAUGUGACUCUACAUGCUGGUGUGUCUGUCAUGAAAGAUGAUGUUCAGAUACUGUGGAUGUUUGGAAGAGAGAAUUCAGACACUCUCAUUGCUGAAAUCUAUAAGCUGAAGAUCUAUAUAUUUGACAGUCAUGCGAGUGUCAUGAAAGGUAAACUACAGAUGGAGAGUCAGACUGGAUCUCUCAUCAUCAGAAACAUCAGCAGCGUUCUAUCUGGACUAUAUAAAGUACAAAUUAUCAACACAACAACCAAAUACAGAAGAUUCAAUCUUACAGUUUAUGCACGUGUUUCAUUACCGGUCAUUGAGAGCAGCUCUGUGGUCAGUGUGUGUCAAACGUCUGACUGUCAGAAAUCCACAGCUUCUUGUAUCGAUCCAGAUAAAAGUUUACCCUGUGAGGUUUGUGCAGUGAUGUGUUCAGCUGACAAUGGAGCAGAUGUUUCUCUGUCAUGGUUUAAGAACAAUGAGAGAUUGAACCAGACCAGCAGUCCUGACCUCAACAUCUCUCUCUCACUCUCACUGGAGAUUAAAGAGAGAAAUAACACGUAUUACUGUGUGGCUGCUAAUCCGGUCAACAACCUGACAACACAACUCAACUUUCAGGAACAAUGUCAACAACAUACUGAUCUCGUUCACUCAUGUAAUUUCACUGAAGCUGUUAUCCGGUUAGUCAUCUCUGCUCUGGUAUCUGUGGCUACUGUUGCUAUACUGGUUUAUGACUUUAGAUCCUGAAAGGAGAUAAAUCCACCUCAACAGAUUUUUAUGUAAAAGCUAUUUUGCAGUUCAACAAAAAAUAUUCACAGUAAAAAAAAUUGGAAAAUUGGAUUUGAAUCUUUAAAGAGCUCAAAUGUGGACAGCGUGUGAGUUCUAUCACACGCUGUCUGGUUUAUUAUAUCUUUCGGGACAGUCCAUAGGCAUAACAAUGUUAAACAUAAAGGUCGAAGAAAAUGUGGGGACCUCAAUUUUUGUCCCCAUGAGUUGUUGUGAAAAAAACUAGGCCUGUAAGAAUUGAAACAGCAGUGUUUCUCAAUUCCAGACAGUCCUUGUGCCUCCUCCUCUCAGCAUGUUUUAGAUCUCCCUAUAUGAAACAUCUGAUUAAAUUUGUUUGACUUACUUUGUUAUGUAAAACAAAUAGUCUGUUUAAAUCUCAGUUGGUAGUUCAAUAUUA